UUAGAUUGUCAACUUCAGGAGUUUCUGAUAAGAAUCUUGUUAGAACCACUGUGCUAAAAAAUAACGAGUUGAAGUCAGGACUGGUCAUUUAUAAGCGCAAUAAAAGAAGGUAAUAUGUUAUAGAUUACACGUGAAACAAGGAAUUGUGUCAUCGUUUGGACUUACAAACUUGUAUAUGUGCCAAGGAUUAAAACAAGAUAUGAUCCAACAUGUCAGACGAAAAUCGAACCGUGUUGAAUCCUGGUGAGAAAGUUCAACCGGAAAUAAAAAAGGAUGAUGCCCGUCGCCUGGUGUUCCGUCUUUACGGACUCUCGGUCACCCGAGUAGAAGAACUGAACAGCUAUGACGACAAAAACUUCCACAUCCACGUAGACACGUCCACUUCCGGUGACGUCAAACUGUCAGAAGAGGGAUAUGUUCUGAAAAUCCUCAACUCUCUCGAUUCCAGAUUUCCAGAAGCGAUUGAUGCUCAGAAUCGUCUAAUUUUACACGUGGCUAAGCAUGGAAUUCGAACGUCAUGUCCAGUUCCCAAUCUAUGCAACGAAUUGUGGUCUUUGGAACAACUAGACAGUUCAGAUUCAAAGUACAUCGUUCGUCUGUUUACCUUCGUUCCCGGUAGAGUAUUUGUUGGUAUCAGAUACACUUCUUCAUUAGUUCACAGUGUUGGUAAAUUGGCGGGAAAAUUGGAUGCAGCGUGUUUGGAAUUUAAUGACAAAGCCUUCACUGAUCAUAAAAGGAUUUGGAGUUUGACAGAAGUUCCAAAACUUACCAAGUUCCUAACUUGCUUAAAGGAGGAGGAGAAGCGACAGUCCGUAUUGUUCGUAAUAAAACAGUUCAACGAUUCAGUUGUUUCCAGUUACAGUAAACUCAAAACAGGAGUUCUUCAUGGCGAUUUGAGUGACCACAAUAUUCUUAUUAACCCGUCUACGUCAUCAGCAGACGACUACGAGGUUGUUGGCUUUCUGGACUUUGGUGAUGCUACAGUUGCAUAUUAUGUGUUUGAAAUCGCCAUACUAAUGUGUUACAUCUUGCUUGGUGCUGAUGAAGAGGAUGAUCCAAUUGAGUUAGCGGGCCACGCACUUGCAGGUUACUUGUCCGAAUUUCCUCUCCCCUCAAUGGACUUAUCAGUUCUAAAGAUAUGUAUUUCGGCGCGACUGGUCCAAUCUCUUGUGAUGGGAGCAUACACUGCUUCGGUUCAACCCGGCAAUACUGAUUAUGUUUUGAAUACACAAAACAAAGGAUGGAUGCUUCUACAUGAGUUUAUUGCCAAAUCUGAUUCAGGAGUGUUCGAUUUGUGGGAAAGAAUUCUGCUUGAGUAUGGCUUAAAAUUUGAUUUCAGAUGAUGUCAAUGUUUACUGAAAGUAUUCAAGGUGCAUGUUGCCUGUUCCUUACUUAAU